UCCUCCGUAAAAACACCUAACGCUAAAGAAUGCGUUAAUCGGGCCAUAAGUCCUCGUAUAUAUCAUACAUUAGGUCUGAUUUGGAAACCGAUCGAUGAGUAGAGUAAAAAAUGUUAUAAUCAGUGGGGAAAAAAAUUGUUAAUCACUGAAUUAAAGUGCCAAAAUCUUUCUUGAAGUUAAAAAUGAAAAACAUCCACUCCAUUAAUCGUGGAGAAAAGUCGCCAUUAAUGAUACUCCGUAGAUCGCUAGCUCUCUCUCUCCGUUCUAUACUCAGUUGAGAAACUUUUCUCCUUUUCAGGCCAAAGCCAAUCCUUUGUCCUAUUUUCUUUUGCCUCUAGGCGUUUUAAUUGAAGACAGAAAUUAUGUGGGCAGUUUUGAGGCGGAGAGUUGCUUCUUCUUCUUCUUCACUAAUAUGCCAAUCCUUCCUAGAUGCUCGAUCUUCACGAUGUUACACUUCUACUUCAAAUGAGGCCUAUAUAAAGACUUUAGUUUCCAGAAAAGGGUCAUCACAAAUUUCAGGAAUUGUUAGUUCUAGAGGGUUUCCAGUUGGCUCAAAGCCUCUAAGGGAAGUUUUAUUGCUUGUUCAAACAUAUCCUUCAAUGUGUGUCCACACUAGAUCAUUUUCUGUUGAUACCAGUGAACUUGUUGACGCUGUUGUUCCUUUCAUGGGGGAAUCCAUCACUGAUGGCACUCUAGCAAAUUUUUUGAAGCAACCUGGUGAUCGUGUAGAAGUAGAUGAGCCAAUUGCACAAAUAGAAACUGAUAAGGUGACAAUUGAUGUAAGUAGUCCUGAAGCUGGUGUAAUUGAACAGUUGGUGGCCAAAGUAGGUGAUACCGUGGAACCAGGGACCAAGAUAGCUGUCAUUUCAAAAUCUGGUGGUGUAACUCAUGUUGCUCCAUCAGAAGAAAAGCCUAGCAAGACAGCUUCGGAGCUUUCUUCUGCAAAAACAAAGAAGGUAGAGACAGAGAAGCCUAAAGCAGAAACUCCACCGAGCAAAGAAAUGCCUAAAGCACCUUCUCUGCCUCCCUCUAGACCUUCAGCUAAGGAACCUCAACUUCCUCCUAAAGAAAGAGAGAGAAGAGUUCCUAUGACUAGACUUAGAAAGCGUGUUGCAACACGCUUGAAGGACUCCCAAAACACUUUUGCAAUGUUGACUACAUUCAAUGAAGUUGAUAUGACCAAUUUGAUGAAGCUCCGGUCUGACUAUAAAGAUGCUUUUGUUGAGAAGCAUGGAGUAAAGUUGGGACUUAUGUCAGGAUUUGUGAAGGCUGCUGUUAGUGCGCUUCAGAAUCAGCCAAUGAUCAACGCUGUAAUUGAUGGGGAUGACAUAAUUUAUAGAGAUUAUGUUGACAUCAGUAUUGCUGUUGGUACUCCAAAGGGCCUUGUAGUUCCAGUAAUCCGAAAUGCUGAUAGAAUGAACUUUGCUGAAAUUGAAAAAGAAAUAAACACCCUUGCUAAGAAGGCAAAUGAUGGGUCUAUAUCAAUUGAUGAGAUGGCUGGAGGCUCAUUCACAAUAUCUAAUGGUGGUGUUUAUGGAAGCCUCUUAAGUACUCCAAUUAUUAACCCCCCUCAGUCGGCUAUCCUGGGCAUGCACUCCUUAGUUAGCCGUCCAAUGGUUGUUGGUGGAGAAAUUGUUCCAAGGCCAAUGAUGUACAUUGCACUGACAUAUGACCAUCGACUGAUUGAUGGAAGAGAGGCGGUGUUCUUCUUGCGUCGCAUUAAGGAUGUGGUGGAGGAUCCACGGAGACUGCUGCUUGAUAUAUGAGGAAACCAUUUAUAGAACUCUGAUUUUAGCAGGGCUGGGAUAUAGCAUGUAUUUUCUUCGUGUAGAAUAAAUAGCAAUGCUCAUACUUUUUAUUGGUGUCGAAUAAAUAGCAAUACAUUUUCCCUAGUGUUACUGACAUGUUAAAGGGCCUAGUUUCAUGUGACAGAAGUUUCUGUUGGUUGAAUAUUUUGUCCAUAAAGCAUCCCUUUUGUUUUGAUUGAUUUUCCUUUAGCUAAUGGAGAAAACAAGCAGCUAAGUCAAUGAAUGA